CCGGUCCACGGUGCCGGCAGGUUCGGGUCCCGGUCCAGGGCGCCGCGGGCAUGGGCGCCGCCGGGCUGCUCUGGGUCCUGCUGGCUCUCCGCGCGCCGCACGUCCUAGGCAUCCAUUGUGACCCGCCACCCGCAGUCCCCAACAGUCGCAGCAGCAACCAGCGAGAACACCAGUUUCCUCUGAAUUCCGUGCUGAGGUACAGAUGCCUCUCGAGCUUCCGCCUCAUUGGAGAGGCGACCCUGAUGUGUGUCAGCAAGAAUGGGGCCGGGUCCUGGGACAAAGCUCCCCCCGUCUGCGAAUAUGCCAGAAAGAACAUCCUGUGUCGUGAGCCUGUGGUGCCUGGGGGAUACCGGGAUAGGAAAUCUCGGCCCCCGUACGUGCACGGCGACGCUGUGACAUUCACCUGUAACGCCAACUUCACCAUGAAGGGCCACAGAACGGUCUGGUGCCAGGCCAGUGGCAGCUGGGGGCCCUUGGCACUGCCUGUGUGUGAGAGUGACCUGCCGAUGGAGUGUCCUUCGCUCCCAGCCCUCCACCAUGGACAGCACACAGGGGAAACCACGGCCAGCUUUGUCCCGGGGAUCUCUGUGAAUUCCAGCUGCCAGCCUGGCUACAUGCUGGUGGGCCCAAAGACCAUCAGCUGCCUGUCCUCUGGAGAGUGGAGCGCACCCCUGCCCACCUGUAAAGAGGCACGGUGCCAACCCCCAGGACCCUUUCCCCACGGACGGGUGCAGGAGCCGCCCAGCCUACAGCCUGGCUCUGUCCUGAGCUUCUCCUGCGAUGAAGGGUACAGGCUCCUCGGGAAGUCCACCAGCCACUGUGUCGUCUUUGAUCAGCAGGCCAACUGGACCAAGAUGCCCCAGUGUGAAGAGAUCCGCUGCUCGCCGCCACCGCCUGUUCUCCACGGGACGCACUCGGGCAGCCCCAACACGGACGCCCCCUUCGGAAGCACCGUCUCCUAUACCUGCGACCCAGGCCCAGAGCCAGGGGUGACCUUCGUGCUCGUCGGCGAGGCCACUCUCCGCUGCAUCGCUGACCAUCAGCACCAGGGUGUCUGGAACGGACCCGCGCCACGCUGUGAGAUGUCGGUGCCCACCAAGCCUUGCCCACCGCCCCAGAUCUCCCGUGGCCACGUGUCUGCAGGGCUCAAGGAGGGAUACGCAUACAAUGACACAGUGCAGUUCGCCUGCCAGCCUGGCUUCACCCUGAAGGGCAGCCCGAGGGCACACUGCCAGGCCAGUGGGACCUGGCACCCAGCAGUCCCCGUCUGUGAGAAGGCGUGCCCAGCGCCCCCCCAGGUCCCCAACGGGCGGCAGGAAGGCAGACGUGCCCUCCGGUACGAGCCGGGGACCUCCGUGAGCUACCGCUGUGACCCUGGCUUUGAGCUGGCAGCAGCAGGAACCGUCCACUGCUCCCCCGACGGGCUCUGGAUGCCCGCUGUCCCCCGGUGCCAAGAGGCCAAGUGCACGCCCGAUGGCCAGCAGCUGUUCCAAAGACCCCGAGGCCAUUUUAUUAGGACCCCCGUGAGCAGCUCCUGUGGUGAGGGGUUCCAGCUGGGUGACAGUGUCUUCCAGCCGUGCCAGGGCACUGAGCUGUGGUUCGUGGAGGAGCGUCUCUGCAAAGACGUCACCUGCCCACCACCCCCUCGCAUCCACAAUGGGACACACUCGGGGAGCCCCUCGGCAGAGGUGCCCUACGGAACGACGGUCACCUACAGAUGCCUGCCUGGGCCGGAGAGGGGCGUAGAGUUUGCCCUGGUCGGAGAGCACACCCUCCGCUGCAUUAGUGCCGGCCAGGCCGGGGGCAAGUGGAGUGGGCCGGCGCCCACCUGCAGACUCUCCCUCCCUACCACGCUCUGCCCACCAGUCCACGUGGACAACGGGUACUUGGUGUCCGGCCGGAAUGCCACCUACUCCUACAACGCCAGCGUGGUGCUCGUCUGCAAGCCCGGAUUCACCCUGAAGGGCAGCGCACGGAUACGCUGUGGGCCCAGAGGCUCCUGGGACCCCAAGAUACCCGUCUGUGAGCAAGAAAUACCAUGCCAGCCCACGGGGGACACCAGCCAGGAGCCUCCAGCUGGGGCCCGUGUGGUCCCUGCUAACGCAUCCUGUCAGGACGGGUUCCGCCAGACUGGGUUUGCUUAUCGGAAGUGUGAAGACACCGGGCAAGGGGCCUGGUUCCAGAAGGUCGCGUUGUGUGAAGCUCUGCAGUGCCCGCCCCCACCCCCGAUAGACAACGGGAAGCACUCCGGGGGAGCUGCGGUCGCCUUUCCCUACGGGAGCCAUGUCACCUACGCGUGUGAGCCAGGCUUCCACCUGCGGGGACAGGAGACCCUGCAGUGCGGUGGCCCCGUGGCGGCGGAUCCGGAGGCCUGGAGUGGUCCCGCCCCCCAGUGCCUGGAAGCGCCCCAGGCACGGUCCUGCCCUGGACCCGAGGUCCGACACGGGCGCCUGCAGUCCGGGCCACGUGACGCCUACCCUCACCACAGCGAGGUGCACGUCGAGUGUGACCCCGGCUUCAUCAUGAACGGGAGCCAGGUCAUCCGCUGCCAGCCCGACAACACCUGGGCGCCGGCUGUGCCCACCUGUAUCAAGAGAGCUCUCCAGGAUUGCCCUCCCCCCCUCCUCAUCCCCAACGGGAACCACACCGGCAGGGACAGAGCCUGGUUUCCUCCCGGGAUGUCAGUGCUGUACGGCUGUGAUCAAGGCUACCUGCUGGAGGGCGUCGCACUGCUGGUGUGCACAGUGGCCGGAAACUGGAGCCAGCCCACCCCGUUCUGCAUAGAGGUGAACUGCAGCUCCCCGGCCCAGGUGGAGGGGGUCCAGCGGGGGCUGGAGCCCGGAAGGACCUACCAGUAUGGGGCCAUCGUGACUGUGGAGUGUGCGGACGGCUACACCCUGGAAGGCAGCUCCCAGAGCCAGUGCGAGGACGGCCGCGCCUGGAACCCCCCGCUGGCAGUGUGCAGGUCCCAGGGGCCACUCGCACCCAUUCUUUUCGGUCUGUCUGCAGGCCUCGUCCUCCUCUUCUGCUUGGUUGUCGUCGCCUUCUGCAUGAUCCUAAAGCACAAAGAACGCAGCUAUUACACGAGUGCCACCCCUAAGGAAGACCUCAAGUUAGAAACACGAGAAGUCUAUUCCAUGGGCCACUAUGAUCCAGCAAGUUAAUCAGAAGACAGCCCGAUUCCCUUCCUCUGUUCAACUCUGGCUGGCUGUGGAGGUGGGACCUCCCCGCACGGUGGCUGCCCAGCUCUGCCCUGAGAAGUGCUCGGUGGGCAGCCCCCGAUGGGGUCCCAGGCAUCUGUUCCGACUCCUGGUUCCUGACCCACGGCGCACCCAGGGAGGAUGGAGCGUCCCUGCCACCCGGCACCUGUGGGUCUGCACCUGCCAGGGUGCAAGACCGUGGCCACCCAGAUGUACUCUCGCACAGGGGGAGGCAUCACACAGGAAGGCAGCUCUGAGGGAUGAGGGACCCUCCUGCCUGUCACUCACUGCCACCUGCUCCUGCAUCCCUGACACAUGACAAGCACUCAAGGAGCUGUGGCCAGUGCUCCCGCAGCCUGCAUAGGUGAAUCUCGCCUUCAUCCCGGCCCCUCCGGGUUCUCCACGCGACAUCCUCCACGUCCGUGACCACCGCUGAUGGUGGCGAGCUCACCUUCCCCUCCAGGAGCCGCGUCUGAUUCCAGCUCUCAAGCCACAGCUCAAGCUUCCGAGUGCCAGGGUGCUCGCAAAGGGCUUGCGUCACUGCCGAAGGGUGCGGGUCUUCGUCGUGCGAAUAAA